AUGGCCGAUAAAUGUCAAUACAAAGAAGUGACUUGUCACUUUUGCAAAAAGAAGGGCCAUUUACAGAAGAUGUGUUUACAACGUAAAAAGAAAUCAUUAAAUAUGAUAAGUGCGGACGUCAAAGCAAAACAGGAAUGCACGGUGGAAGAUUUGUUUCAAUUGGACCUUCCCAAAGCAAAAGGUUCACGUGAUAAAGUGUUUUGCAAACUUAAUGCGAACAACAAAAAUAUUGAGUUGGAAAUCGACACGGGAUCACCUGUAAAACUCAUAAACGUAGAUGACGCCAAGAAAUACUUCCCAAAAGAACGUGUAAAAACUACGGACACCGAGUUAUACAGUUACUGCAAAACAAAGCUAGAUUGCCUUGGUUACAUUUGGGUCAGCGUGAAUGAUAGCAAAGCAGAAAAUGCAAAAAUUUACAGUGCGAUCCGAUCGCAAGCCUUUGUGGGGCCCAAGCUGAACGAAAUUUUGCAGAAAUUUCCACAAUUGUUUUCAGAAGGAACUGGCAAAAUCGUUGGUCAUCAAGCUAAACUUUACCUCAAAAACAACGUACCACCGAAGUUCGUGAAAGCAAGCCGUGUACCUUUCCCUUUACUGAAGGCAGUGGAAGACGAAAUCGCAGGGCAGGUGCAGGAAGGCAUACUUGUGAAGGUGGAUACAUCGGAGUGGGCUACGCCAAUUGUUGCGGUCCCAAAGCGCGGAGGGGCCGUAAGAAUUUGUGGUGACUACAAAGUCACACUGAAACCUGCCUUAGUGGUCGACGAACAUCUGCUUCCCACUAUUGACGAACUUUUUAGUGCCAUGGCGGACGGCGAAAAGUUUUCUAAAAUUGAUAUGUCUAAUGCAUACCUACAACCCGAAGUGCAUCCCGACGAUCAACACUUACUUACCCUUAGUACACACAAAGGGCUGUACAAACCAACCCGUUUGAUGUUCGGAGUACCGUGCGCACCAAACGACAUAAAAAUCACAGCGAUCAAUGAUGAAACACAUCUACAACGCAUUGAAGAUGUUUUACGCAGGUUAAAUGAGCACAAUAUGCGCAUCAAUCUGAAGAAGUCAGACUUCUUGCGAGACCGAAUGGAAUAUUGCGGCUACGAAAUCGAUAAAACCGGCAUUCGCAAGUUACGUAACAAAGUUCUUGCGAUACAGAAUAUGAAACCACCGACUACAAAGGAUGAAUUACGUGCAGUUUUAGUGACUGACAACAAGGCGAUUGCCCAAAUUUUCUCACCACAAAAAGGCUUACCGACGUUAUCAGCUACGCGUAUGCAGCACUACGCAAUAUACUUAGAAGCUUUUAAUUAUGACGUACGAGUUAAGAAAAGCCAAGAGAACGCGAAUGCUGAUGUAUUGUUGCGAUUGCCUUCUUCAGACACGUACCCAGCUAUUGAAGAAGUUGACGUGGUCGAGAUGGAGUUCAUCCAGAAUUUACCAGUGAAAAUCGAUUGUUUGUCCGAAGCCUCAAGCAAGGAUACGGAGGUUGCUAAUUUACUCGGAUGUUUGAAAUACGGAAGAUUUUGCGAACCAAAAGACAGAUUCAGUAUACCAAAAGCUGAAUUCACCUUACAAAAAGGAUGUCUGCUUCAUGGCAUUCGUGUCUACAUACCUAAAAAGCUACGCGACAGGGUUUUGGAGGAAGAACACUUUGGUAUGGCGAAAAUGAAAAUGCUUGCACGCGCCUAUUGCUGA